AUGGGUUCAGAAAGAAGGAAAGCAUUACCAUUCAAAGCCAAAAUUCCAGAUAUUGCCAACAUAUCAAGACUUUUGAAUGAAAUUCCCGCAUGCUUCAGGGUUACUUUACAAGGAAAGUUUGGCCAGAUUUUGGAUCUCCUCUCAAUAGAUGUUCAAACACCAGCCAUCAUCGCUUUGGCUCAGUUCUAUGAUCCUCCGCUUCGAAGUUUCUUAUUCCAAGACUUUCAAUUAACUCCAACCUUGGAGGCAUUUGACCAACUCUUAGGAUUUUCUAUGAAAGGAAGGACACCGUAUAAUAGAAUUGGUCAGGUACCUGAGGUAGAGAAGCUAGCCCUUGCACUCCACAUCCCCAUAUCUGAUGCAUUGGCUAAUUGGAAGAAAAUGGAGAAUCUCUUUGGUUUUUGGAGGGCUUACCUAAGAGAAGAAGUAGAAAGGAUGUUUAUGAUACAUCAUUCGGAUGCAUUGGCAAACAUAUUAGCUCUUCUCAUAUAUGGGCUAGUAUUGUUCCCAACCCAUGAAGGUUUCAUAGAUUCAGCUGCCAUAAGCGUCUUUUGGGCCGUUUGGAAGGAUAAACAAAGUUUGGUUCCUCCACUACUAGCAGACACUUUUCAUACCUUGCAUACUCGACAUGAAAAGAAGAACGGAAUGUUGAUAUGUUGCCUUCUAUUUCUCUAG